UGAGAACCGUUGCCCCUCAUAUUUAAAGGUUUCGUCAUUUAUUCACAUUUUUCAGCAGUAAUGUAUUAAUUCUGAUAGUACAGCAGAGAAGCCCUUGUGUUCCCCGACCACCUGCCACGGUUAUUUCGUGAACACAUAAUCAAUCACACGGAAAGCGUCUGUAUCCAAAUAGAGCGCCAGCUGGCGGCUUCGGGCAAUAUUUACCGAAAGCAGCCGAAGAUUCCCGAGCGUCGCCGAGUCCCUGAAGGCGCACAAAGGCGGCAUCGUCGUGGUCGUCGUUACGCUGAAAGUCUCGCUCUUGCUCUCCUCGUCUCUCUCAUUCUCUCGUUUUCUCCAGAUGGCCGCCGUGCUGUGGUGCUUUCAGCUUGGACGAGCUUGUUGAAAGAGGGAAAAGGUGAUUUCCGCACACAAAUAAGGAACACUCUGCGUCCUCGUUUCUCCAAUACGACGGAAGCCUGCGUGUUGAAGAUGAGAGGCAUGGCGUGUGUGUUGCUUAGCAACCUGCUCUGCACGGCUGCAUCAGCGUCCUUUAAAGUCAAGGAAGAGCACAGGACGGCCUUCUUCGGUGAAGACAUCCACAUCGACAUCCCGGCUGGUGACGUCGGCCAGGUGGUCUUCCGUCCCAAGACCAACAAGAGCGUGGAGGUGCCGCUCCUUCGUGCAGGAAAAGUGUUGCACCGACGAGCUCGUCUCAAUCCCUAUGGCCACCUAGUGCUGGACGACGUGCAGGAGGAAGACGAGGGCGUCUACGUGGUCAGCAGGAAUGAAGGCGUGCUUCGGCGCCUCACUCUUGACGUCCGAGAUUGUGCCGUGGAGGAAGUGGUCAAGUACGGAGACACUUACUACAUCCACUUGAACCAGGUGCAAGGUCCAAUCAGCUUGGAGUUCAGGCCCGGUCCUGUCCGCCACGUCAACCAUUCGGACUUCCUGCACGCAACCGAACCUCCGGCCGCACUACUCUUCCGGCACACGCUGGUGCUGGCCGACGCCUACGCCGGACGCCUGAGUGUGACCGACAAGAGCGUGGCGCUGCACUCGGUCAAGAUGGCUGACGAGGGCAGUUUCACCGUGCGCGACCACGAGGGGAAAGUACGAAGGAGGAACUGCCUUCAUGUGCGAGAGCACCAGGACUUCCUGCACCCUUCCAAUGGAGCCGACAUGACCGUAAAACUCUACCUGGACCACGGCGAAGUAAAUGUGGUCUACAGGCCCAAAUCCGGCCACCAGGACCGUCCGAUCCUGGAGCGAGGCGUUCUGGUGACACCGCCGGAAUCCCAGCUGGCAGGCCGCGUCAGCGUGGACGGCUCGGAACUGCUGCUGAGGAAGGUGCGAGGGUCUGACGAGGGCGUCUUCAAAAUCACGGACCUGGCAGGGUUCCCCGUGGCUCACGUUUACGUGGACGUGGUUGCCUCCAAGCUGCCGCCGCUGACGUUGGCCGUGCUGUCGCUGCUGAGCCUGCUGGCCUUCAUGCUGCUGCUGUGCUUGCUGUCGUGCCUCUACAAGGUGCACAAGAGGAACGAGAAGAACAAGAAGCUGACGCUGCUCGCCCAGCAGGCCGGCAAGGGCGAGGAGGGCGAGGCCUUUCGACAGGUGGUCCAUGAGGCAUACAGCAGGUUCACAGAAGAGUCACUCGCGCAGUCGACGUGCAACAAACCAGCUGAGGACUCCGACGUCACCAUCAAGGGUGUGGAGGUUUCCAAAGCGGGCGGCUACAAGGCGCUCACGUCAGACACCAACUUCCUGGAGAUGAGCGACUCCGGAGUCGACUCGGGCCUGCCCCCAGACAGCGAUACAGACGCCACCGUGACCUUUGCCUCCCACAAGCCUCUCCUCGACGCUCAUUUCCCGAGCCCGGUGUCCGAGAGAGAUCUCCCGGACGGCCUGGCAGCCGCGACGGUGCCCGACGGAGACGUCCGAACCCCCGUCGAUCCGCCCACUGGCGAUGAAACGGCGGCCGAGGGCGGAGAAGCUGAGCAAAAGGAGGACGCGUCACAGAGCACCUGAAAGGUAGCAUUAGCAUCCAUCCAGUGGCGAGCUAUUUUGAGGGAAGCACAAUCACCGAUCCGGACAUCAGUGUCAACUACAACAAAGGGUUUUCAAACUUUUGGGGUCCAAAGACCCUCUAAUAAUCCUAAAAGCAAUUCAACCUUAAAUUUAGACCUUGAAAAAUAUUUUUUUUCUGGAACAUGUCAACCGAAAUAUCGAACAUCAUAGAAA